AUGACGAGCGACGCAUCUUCUACAGCGGAAAGCAGUUUCCAUACUAAGGAAAUGGCGACUGCGCUCGGAGAGAUCAACCCCAACCCGCCUCGAAAGCCCCAGACUUCAUCAUCUACCAAAUCGAAGGCGACAUCAGCACUUCGAGCGAAGCAAGAGAUGCGCAGGUUCCGCGGGACGUCCACCCCCGAUCCGACGCUUGAGAUCGACAUGGACGAGUUCACAUCCUUCACACAGUACCUGCGAUCGUCGAAACGUGUUCUAGCCCUCGUGGGUGCUGGGUUGUCGGUCGCUUCGGGGCUUUCGACCUUUCGCGGCGAUGAUAGAAGAUGGAGAGGUAUAGAGCCUCAAGAGCUUUCGAAUAUCGAGGCCCUGGCGCAAGACCCGGUGAAGGUAUGGUGGUUUUUCAGCGAUCGGAUGAAGCGCGCGCAAGAGGCAAAGCCAAACCGGGGGCACAUCGCGCUUGCGAAACUCGCAAAGGAAAAGAGUGGAUUCUUCGCAAUCAAUCAGAACAUCGAUGGUAAGCAGGCUUUCAAGGCUAGAGGCCGGAACAAUGUCCACUAA